AUGGACGUGUUGCGGGAGCUGUUUCCUGGGCACGACCCAGACGGUGACCUCACCGCAGCCAUCGACGCCCUGCUGCACACCACAAACCCCAACCCCAGCCCAACCGCUCCAUCAUCACCUCCCCUCCACCGUGAGGCCACCACCAGCGUCGUGGACCACCCAGGCGCACCUCACGCCACCGGCGACUCACCACCACCAUCGGCGCCACCGCCAUUGCUGCGCUCGGGACCACCACAGGCGGUGCCAACGCUGUGCGAGCGGUGCCUGGCGCAGGUGGCCGAGUCGGUGGUGCUGCCGCUGGUCAAGCCACGCAACGACGACGUGGCAGCAGCGGCGGCUGCGGUGCGCGGGGCGCUGGCCGCGAUGCCGCGCGGGCUGGUGGGACGCGUGUGGGCGGCGCUGUUCGAGGCGGUGGUGGCCGAGGCCGCGGCGGGCUCGUCGAGCCUGCUCUUCGCGGUGGCGCCCCACACCACCUUUGCCCAGGCCCUCGCCUGGUUCUUCCCGCUCUGCGCCUCUGAUCCAACCCUCGUCGCGGAGGUGGCGGAGAGCAUCAGCCGGUAUCCGUACAGGGACAAGUUCAACGACGCCACCAUGGAGCUCAUGUUCGAGCCGCUCAAGCAGUGCCCGCUCCUCACUCAACUCUCCAUCGUCGGUUGCUCCAGCCUCAUCUAUCCGCAGCUGUGCUCGCCAUACCUGGUCAAGCUAUCGCUGUGCGACUGCGCGCGGCUCAACGACCUCGCCGUGCAGUGGCUGCUCGAGCGCAGCCCCCAACUCCAGGAACUCGACCUCGCAGGGUGUCAUCGGCUGACGAGUCCGCGAAUCGAGAGCGGGUCGCUGGUGUGGGUGAACAUGGAGUCGUGCCGCGGCCUCAUGUUCCCCGAGGUCCGCAACUCGCCGCACCUGCUCCACGUGCUGGUCCCCGAGGGCUGCAAGCUCGACUGGCGCCGCCCCAAGCCACCACCGUCAGCGGGCGGCGACGACCUCCUGUCGAUCGAGCGGAUCCUGGGGUGCGCGGGCGACUACUACGCCGUGCUCGGUCUGACCCCCGACGCCGCCCUUGCCCAGAUCACCAAGCAAUACCGCACCAUGGCCCUCAAGCUGCACCCCGACAAGAACGCGCACCCGGCGAGCGAAGAAGCGUUCAAGGUGAUGGCGGAGGCGUUCGCGUGCCUGAGCGAUGCGGGCCAGCGGGCGCAGUACGACGCCCACGGCGCGGCCGAGAUCCGACCCGAGGUGCUGCGGCGGGCCGAGCGGGUGCUGGCUGAGGUGCAGGCCUACGUCUACGCCCACGCGCCGUUCGUGUGCGCCAACUGCAGCCAAGCGGCGGAGAAGUUCUGCGAGCAGUGCGGCGGCGCCCACCUGUGCGUGUCGUGCGAUCACCAGAUCCACGGGUUCCUUCCGCUGCGGAGCCACGUGCGUGUGGCGUCGGCCGACGCGCCCGAGCCCGCGCCGCGUGCGAGCACCACCGGGGCAAGAAGGUGA